AUGUGUAAGGGAAAAGAAGAAGCAAACGAGCACUGCCAAGUAAAUGGUAUUGAAGCAAAAUGGGAAAGUAGUGAGAGUGAGAAAGUGAACAAGUAUGCUUUUGCUUGUGUUUUGGCCGCCUCUGUUGUCUCUACUAUGGUUGGUUACGCGAUUGGAGUAAUGGCUGGAGCAUUACUCUACAUAAAGGAAGAGCUCAAGAUCAGCGACAUACAAGUGGAGCUCCUGGUUGGCGCUUUGAGCGCUUGUGCUAUUCCAGGAACCAUGGCCGCCGGAAGAAUCUCCGAUUUCAUAGGCCGUCGUUACACCUUCAUCCUCUGUUCCAUCAUGUACUUUGUCGGCUCAAUCCUUGGCGGAUACGGCCCUUCCUACGCCGUCUUGUUCACCGGAAGAUGCAUCACCGGAAUUGGAGUAGGGUUUGCUCUCAACGUCGUCUCUGUUUACUGCGUAGAAAUCUCACCUCCUGCUCAUCGAGGCUUCCUCACCUCUCUUCCAGACCUUUCCAUCAUUCUCGCAAUCUUGCUCAGCUUCGUCUCUAACUAUUAUUUCGGAAAGUUGUCACUCAAACUGGGAUGGAGAAUCAUGCUCGGCCUUCCAUCGAUUCCUUCACUUGCUGUCGCAGUUUUAAUGCUAAAACUAGUAGAGUCACCCAGAUGGUUAGUCAUGCAGGGUCGUUUGGCUGAGAGCGAGCAAGCGCUUUUACUUCUCUCCAACACAAGGGAAGAAGCUGAACGGCGCUUGCAGGACAUCAAAAUCGCUGCUGGUAAUUGCAACCAAUUCCCCAACAAAACUCGCAGAGGUGAAGAAGCUUUAAAAGAACUAUUCUGCAAGCCUUCAAGCUGUGUACGUAGGAUACUGAUUAUAGCAAUGGCGGUCCACAUGUUCCAGCAAAUGAGCGGAAUCGAGGGCAUUUUGCUAUACAGUCCAAGGAUCUUCGAGAGAACAGGAAUAACCCACAAGAGCAAGAUUCAUCUAGCCACACUUGGAAUAGGAAUAACCCAAUUUAUAUUUACAGGUUUGGCCACAUUUUUAAUGGACAGGGUUGGAAGGAGGGCUCUCUUGCUGGUUAGUUCAGGAGGUGCUGCAAUGGCACUAUUAGGAUCAGGCAUAUGCAUGACCAUAGUGGAGAGUACAAAAGAGAAACUUGUGUGGGCACCGAGCUUUGUGAUUGCGGCAACCUAUUUGUUUGUGACUUUCAUUCAAGUUGGGAUGGGUCCUGCGACUUGGGUUUAUAGUUCUGAGAUAUUUCCUUUGAGGUUGAGAGCACAAGGACAUGCGAUUGGUGUGGUUGUAAAUAGGACGAUGUCUGUGGUGGUGAUCACGACGUUCAUUUCAAUCUAUAAAAAGAUAACCAUGGGUGGCACUUUGUUCGUGUUAGGUGGUAUCAAUGCCUUGGCUUGGUUGUUCUACUUUUUCUUCCUGCGUGAAACCAAAGGACGAUCAUUGGAAGACAUCGAGACCAUCUUCGGCCAGGAUUAUUACAAGUCACCACAGAAAAAAUCGAAGCCUGCAGAUCGGUGCAAUGCCAAUAAUGAUGCUUAA